GGGAAGGGGAACUGCUGAGGAGGCAAAGACUACGUUUCCCAGCAGCCUCGGGGCAGUGCGAGUCGCUGUUGGGGCGGCGGGCGAGGGUAGUCUAGCUGAGGGAAGGCAAGCUCGUUCGGGCAAGUCGAGGGAAUAACAGCCUUUUUGGCCCCGUAAAGAAGCGGGUCGGAGCGGGAAGAGAAAUGGCGGUGGAUAAGGAGCUGCUGGAGUUGGACUUGUACGCGCUUCUGGGAGUUGGCGAGAAGGCGUCGGAUAAAGAGGUCGGCAAGGCCUCGGGCUGAGGGGAGGGAGAGGAGGCGGCGGCGGCGGCCGCUGGAGAUCCCUCAGGGCCUAGCCGGACCCUCGCAGGCCCCCGAGGGCCAGAAUUAUAGCAGGGGGCUCUGUCCCUGCCGCUCCUCAGGGCCCUCGAGCUGCUGAGUUCAAGGGCCCAUGGCCUAAAGUAUUGAGGCGAUACUGCACACACUUUCCUAGGGGCCACUUGGCACUGUACUCGAUGCGUCCCCCUUCUGAGUUCCCCAGUAAAUCUGAGAUGCGCCGGGGUGCAGCCCUGCGCGAAAGUCGCGCCUUCUUCAAAUGCGAUCAUAAUACUGUUUUCUCAUAGUCAUUAUAUAUAAGACCACGACGGUCAUCUAGUUCAAACCUGCAGUGCAGGAGCCUUUUGUCCAACGUGAGGCUCGAAGCCACGACCGUGGAAUUUAAGUCUCGUGCUCUGCCAACCGAGCUCUCUCUCAUAGAAUGGUAGAGUUGGAAGGGACCCCCGAGAGUCAUCUAGUCCAACCCCCCCCCCAUGCAAUGCAGGAAUCUCAACUAGAUCAUCCAUGACAGGUGGCCAUCGAGCCCCCGCUUAAAAACCUCCGAGGAAGGACUGUCCACCACCUCUCGUGGGAAUCUGUUUAUGAGUGGCUUUGCAAGUGUGUGGUACUGAGCUGCAUGAAUGAACUGUGAUUUGAGAUGGCUUCUUGGGUUUGCUUUGGAUGCUUGAGGGGAUGAGUAUAAUGAUGGGGGAGGUGAACUGUGAACUAGGAAGUCCUUGGUUUGCAUCCGAUCUUGGCCACAAUUCUUUCAGUCUCUCCAUCUGGCAUAAAUUGAUAAUAAUGCCGUCUUACUUUGUGUGGGCAAACAUUGUGGCAACCUUGCAAGUAUAUUCCUCAAAAGUUGCUAGAAGACUUAUUUUAUUUGUUAUCCUGAUCCCCUCACCCCCAUUUGAGGCAUUUUUUAAAAAGCCAAAUUUUAACAUGUUUUCCUUCCUAGAGGUGAUAUUUCCUUAUUACAGGCAAGCAUUUUAGAAGCUUCUUGAAAGCAUGUUUGUAACAGUUUCUGCAAUAAUGGGUAUUAAGCACUUUGAGUGGUCAAAUAGUGUUGUUAUAUAUUAUUGUGUUAAUAUUUUGCUUUAAGUUUAAGGAUCAAUAGCUUCAAGUUGUCUUUUUAGUACUCAUUUGGUCCACUAGGUGGUGCCUAAAUACCAGACGUUUUUAGUCUAUGCGUACUGUAUAUUGACAGAACUUUUUAGGGUAGUUAUCUUAGAAUAAUAAGACACUGCUUUGCAUAUGAAAAUGUUUCUGAUAGGGAGUAUUAAUGUUAAAAUGAAUGCAUGUGAUCUAUACUUCAUAGUAUCUCUGUUGUGACAGAAUUGUACAGCUGGAAAGAUGCUAACAACAUCUGAUCCAGCAACCCGAACAGAAGAAAGAUUCAGUGUCUUAACAGUCUCACGCGUAUUUUCAGUGUGCCAGAGAACUCAGAGGUUCCUUACUGAGAAGAUCAGUAAUACAGUUUUUCCAGCACUACUGAACAACCCAUCAAAUGUGCACUUGCAAGGAUGGUUUGAGGCUUCUGGAGCGCACUUUUGAUUCACAGGCAGAAACAGCAAGAACAAUCGGGGCUGGCCAACAUGGAACUCAUGCAGUAUUUUGUAGCUUCUGGCCAAGUGUCAGCACAUGUUCAGUUCCUAUCAGGCCAGGUUGUUGCCAUUGGAUGGAAUCAGCGAAACAGUUACUUUGACAAAUAAAAUAUUUUUAUUUACCUGAGCAACUGCAGUCCAAGCAUUGAGGAUGCAUUAGGCAGCAGGUGUGUUUGUCAUAUCUACAGCAGUGUUAUACCAGGUUUGCUUGGUAUAAGGUAGGCCUGCAUUGGGCAGAUAACCUCUAGCAGCAAAACAAACCUCUUAAAAGAAUGAGCUAAUUUUAAAACUUUUCCUAUUUACUUUUAGUUGCCUGCUGUCCUGUCUUCUACAUAACUGAAUACUGCCUUAAUCUGCUAAUCACACUGUUCAUUGCAUUGUUUUUGCUCUGUCAUUUACAGAUUAAGAAAGCCUACAGACAGAAGGCCUUGUCCUGCCAUCCAGAUAAAAAUCCAGACAACCCCAAAGCAGGUAUGGAAAGUAUUCAUAGACACUCUUAGCUUUUAUUGACUGUUUUCCCUGUGUGAUCACUAGAAGUGGCUAGAUUUAUCCAGAAUUACACUGGUGUGUUUUAUUGGUAAUAGAUGGAAUGUUCUGGAUAUCCGUGUCUAGGCUUGAUUAUUUAUGUGACCCUUUAAUCACAUUAAGCCUAUUGUGUACCAGGUCCAUUGGUUGACAAAUGGUGCAGUUUUUAGGCCUGCUACCAAGAGCCAUAGGAUUGGCAGGUACCACAGACAGAGCUUUUUUGUGGUAGCCCCCGAUAUUUGAGGCUCCCUCAGAAAUUGUGUGUGGACCCCCAUUGUUUGAGUCUUAAGCAGAUUUGAGAUUUUUAUUGUUCUUCUAAGCUUUUGUUGAUGGUUUUAUGUGGGCUUCAUCUUUUAGCUGCGGCUAUUCUAGAUGUUUAAUUUACUGACUUCUGUUAAUUCUGUAAUUGCUCAAUAUAUUAUAUUUAUUGCUGCAAUCUGCCUUACAAUGUUCAUAAGUUUAUCUGGGGGAAUAUAAAUAUAUUCAAUUAAAUGAUGACUCAGCAAUAUUUUGUAUUCAGAAGGGGGCUAAUUGUUUGAGAUUCAGGACAGACAAAAUAAAAUGUAUUUUCAUACAUGAUGGCUAAGUUUUGCUUUCACUGUCCAAGGUUACUAGUAAAUACAAGUUACUAGGAAUCACCUGUAAGUUUAGAAAUAAGAUAUUAAGAAUAAAGCACUGAUCCUUGCAUAAGGGACAAACUGUAUUUUAAACGGAGCAAACUGAAGUUCUGAAGUUAUGGUGAGGAUUGACUUUCGAAUAUUGUAAGAAGCUUUGUUGUGUUCUCUGAAAUGAUUUACUCAGACAAAUUUCAGACAAUCAUUUACUCAGUUCUAUAUCUAGGAAUUGUAUGCAUUCUCUUAUUGCUGUUUCAUUUUUUUCUGUUUCCUAGCUGAGCUCUUCCAUCAGUUGUCUCAAGCUUUGGCAGUUCUAACAGAUGCAGCAGCAAGGGUGAGUUAUUUUAAUGCUCUGUUAGAACUCCAAGCAUUUUCUGGCUCUGCUGUAAGACAUGAAUACUUGGAAAAGAAAAGUGCAGUCAGAAACUUAUUUCAGGCCAGUACAAGCCAACAAGUUGUUUCUGGCUGUUUCCUUACAUAUCUCUGGAUAGCUUAUGUACAGAAAUUCCCUACUUCUCUCAGCAAUAGACUCCUAUUCUAAACCAUGAGUGGCUGAGGCUGGGUCAUACUUGCAUGGAGGGAGAACUCUAUAACCAUCAGAGGUCAUUUGAGCCUCCAGUGACAGAGAUGGAUCAAAGAAUACUCCCAGACUGCACACCUGCUCCUUCUGGAGAAGUGCUACCCAGUCCAGAACAGACAAGUGGCCUGUCUCCCAGAAACAGGAGCUAUCCAGUCACAAGACCUCCGUCUUUCCAGGAUUCAAGCUCAGUUUAUUGACUCUGAUCCAGGCCACCACUGCAUCUUGCUCCACACUCAGUUGUAAUGAAGAAAUAAAGUUGAGUUUCAUCAGGGCAACACCUUGCUCCAAAACUCCAAAUGACUGCUUCCCGUGGCUUCAUAUAGAUGUUGAAUAUCAUUGGGAACAAUAUAGUGCCCUGUGGCACCUCAUAGUGUAAAUGUGUUCAUUGACCUUGGGGAAGGUUAAAACUAAUUUAUUCUUGCCUUGGAGGCUCGAUAUGAAUCCUUCAUUUCAAACUGAUCUCUGCAUACUUUCUAAAUUAGUGAUAGCUUGGGAUGGAAGAGAUUUUUGGCAUUAUGAUCAAGUAUUUAGGUUCUAAAAUGAGCUGGGUUCCACUUAUCCGAGUAAAUAUUACUUCAUAUAAAGAAAUAAGAUGGAAUUUAAAAAAAUGUGAGAGAGAUAGAGGGAGAACUAUAUGCACAGCUUUAAACCCGUUUGCUGCAACAGAUCUUAUUACCGAAAAAAGUAACUGCUUUUUUCAUUGGUUUUCUCCUGUAUUUUGAACUGCUGUGACAUGAAAGCAGGUAGAGCUCUUGCAAUUCUAUUGUUCUUGCCCAUUCUUUGGAUCCCUGUUAAAAGCUGCAAGCAAAACUAUACCUGUUGUCAACACCUGUUGUCAGUAUGUUUCAGACUAUGCUGCCCUUACAGUGCUAGCAUUAAACUGGGCUAGUGAUCUAAUACAGACAUUAUAAGUAAGAUGUAUACUUCAGAAUACUUUCAAACAUUUGUAUCUUUCUUGAUUUCACAUAUUCUGGUCCAUCUUUCUUUCCUCUGUUUGUGGACAUUACUAAUGUUAGUUACUGAGAAGUCUCAAAUUAUUAAAAUUUUUAUCCUUGUUAAACACAAUCUGAAUGUCCAUGACACUUGCAGAUCUUCGUUUUGUUUUAAUUUUAAUAUUUCUAGAUAUGUGAUUGAAACUUUCAUUUUGUUUUGAUUUAUUAUUUUUUCUUGUCCUAUCACUACUGCAGGCAGCAUAUGAUAAAGUGAGGAAAGCAAAGAAACAGGCAGCAGAAAGGACUCAGAAACUUGAUGAAAGGAGGAAAAAAGUCAAACUUGGUAUGUAAAUCUAGAAUAUUCUUUUGCAUAUGGAGUAAAUGCCAGGUUGCAGGAUCCUUACCAUUUGUUCAUGUCUGCAAUUCGUUUGUUUUCAUUAAAAUUUGAGGUGGUAUCAGUAGGUGCUCUUAAAUAUACUGUACUAUGAGCAGAGAUUCAUCCUGUUAGAAAUGAAUCUCAGGAAAAACCAAUCUGUUGGGUUUGUCCUGUCUUGGAAUCAUAGAAUUGUAGAGUUGGAAGGGACCACAGGGGCCAUCUAGUCCAACCUCCUGCAAUACAGUAAUCUUUUGCUCAACGUGGGGUUCGAAUCCACAUUCCUGAGAUUAAGAGUCUCCUGCUCUACCAACUUGUGGACUUCUUCUUUUGCUAUAGAUCUUGAAGCCCGGGAAAAAGAAGCCCAGUCCCAGGUUAGCAAGGAGGAAGAGAUCCAGAUAACUAGAACAUUAGAGCAAGAGGUAAGGGUAGCAACCAAACAAAAUGUUAUUUUAUAUCAGAAGUGAGGAUGGGAUCCUUUAUGUGCACAGCCAUUGUGAAGAGCAGAAAGUUAAUGGUAUUGAAAGAUAAAUUAUGCUGGCAGCCUAUAGGAGUAGCAACACUGAGGUUCAGGCUGUGUGAAAACAUAGCAUAAAGGGAUUAUAAACUUGAGGGGCAUAGUUCAGUGGUAGAGUGUGCUUCACAUGCAAAAGGUCCUAGGUAUUGAUCCUUGGCAUCUCCAAAAAGACUCCUUUCUAAAAAAAAAACCUGUAGAGAGAGAUAGUCUAAUUUAUAUAAGGCUGCUUCCUGUGUAUCUAUUCUUCUCCUUUAAAAAAAAAACUUUUCAAUUUGGCUGUAGUUGCUAGACAGGAGAUAAAGAGACUGCUGGUCUAUUCCUUGUGACACUUUCUUCAUACCGACAAGUUAAAGAGUAGAUUGUUUUGUAACAGCCACUUUUCUUGGCAACAUGGCCACCAUUUUUUUGCCUUCUGCCUCUUUCCCCAGAUCCUACGGUUACGUGAGGAGGGAUCCCGCCAGCUGGAGGAACAACAAAAACUUAUCCAGGAACAAAUACGACUUGAGAUAGAACAGCGAGUACGAGGUAAGGCCAGGCAAGGUCAGAGCCUCUGACUGCCACAAAGUUGCCUUGCCUCGGUUCUCUUCAGAACACGCCUAUGGGUGCUCAAAGCCAGUUUGCUUUUGUUGUUAAGGAGUAUAUGCCUGUAGAAAAAUAGCCUUUUCUUUGCUGUGUCUCUUGUUGUGGAGUUUAUUGACAGAAUAUUCUUUUAUUAAGUAGAAGGGCCAAACAAGAAGAGUUAAGUUGGGAGAUGUACAGCAGACUCCUAUGCAUGUCUACUCAGAAGUAAAUUGAGUUCAGGGGGACCUUCUCCCAGGUCAGUGUGUGUAGGAUUGCAGCUCUGGUCUCUUCUAAGCUGUGCCACUUAUUUCCUUUUUGGCCCCAGGCAGAUGUGGAAAUGAGGAGGGUAUUGACGAUUAUUUUAAUGAAUGUUUGCAAAGAACUUUGCAAUAUUUGUUAUAGAUUUUUCAGUACCAGUUGGCAUGUGAGAUUGGUUUAUGAACAUUCAGUGCUAUUUUUAUCCUCCUACCCCAAAUUUAUUUAUUUAUUUAUUCUUUUAUUUAUUACAUUUAUAUACCACCUUUAUCUUCCAAUAAUCUGAAGUUGGUGUACAUGGUGUGUCGUCGUCUCCCGCCCAUUUCAUCCUCACAACAACCCUGUGAGGUAGGUUAGGCUAAGAGAUGGUGACUGAUCCAAGGUCACCCAGUGAGCUUCAUGGCUGAGUGAAAUUUUCCAAUCUCACUGUUAUUGGAGCCCCACUUCUGGAAGAAACAAGAGUCAAAACAGAACCCCUUUUAACUUGCAUAGUUAUCAGGAUAAUUGCCAACCUACACCCAAAUCCCCUGUGGUGGAGUUUAAAUCAAGCUAAGGAUAUGCAGAACAUAGACUUUCUUGAGUAUUUUCAUUCAUUAAAUGUCAGUGUAGUUUUCAUUUUCUUUUUCUUUUCUUCUUUGAGGCAAACAUGAUGGGUAUGGAGAGGAGGGCAAAGGAACACCCAAGCUCAAAGUAAGACAUUCCCAAAAACUGAGCUAUGAAGAGAGAUGAGCAACUAACUUAUCAUUCCAUCAGUAGAAGCCACAUGGAUCGCCUCUAGCCACACAGAAUGCUGGACUGUCUCUGGCAUCCUCGCUGCUUACUGGAAUUGUCACUUACUUCAUCUUAAUGUGUUCCUUGCACUUUAAUCUAGAAUCUAGGCACUAGGAUGAAGGUAAUUAGAAGUUAAGUCUCUGUGACUUGGGAUAUUGACAGGUUGCCAGAUGCUGCUUGAUGUAUGUAGUAAUUUUCAGAUCUUCUAAAUGUGAACUUUUCCCUGUGCCUAGGACUAUGUAUAUCUGCUCCUGUGCAGUGUAGACAUUCCUUUUAGUAUGUCUACAAAUUUUAACAUCUGAAUCCGUUGCCUCUAUAGCAUCACAGAUGUAAAACCAAAUGCUAGAUUCUGCAUAUAUUGCAUCCAGUACACUGAACAGUGUGAAAUUAAUUUCUAACUUUUCCUCAUCAGCUACGCUGGAAAUGCAAGAAAGAAGAUGAAACUAAAGGAGGCUACUCAAAAGAAGUUCUUCUGCAAAUCCUACAAAAGGUCCUGUUCCAAAAUGCUCCUUUCACCUUGGUUGGUUUUGCUUAGCAUUCUGUAAGAAUAAGCAAAGAAAGUUGAUAUCUUCAUAAACUAAUGAGGCCCUCCCAUGGUAAUUAUAAAUCAUUCAAUUCCUUUUUGUUGGUACAGGAGGACACCAUAAGGAAUUUAUUAACUUGUCAGCUAAUAUAUCCCUGUGGUAUGACUCGUAAAUAAUUUGAUGGUGUGGUUUAACAUGUGAUCUUUACUUCAUCCCUAUUUGUACUUCAGUAACUGCUAGGCAGAUUUGACUAGCUUGGGCUUACUCUUUUUUUGUGUGUGUGUGUGAACAAUUAAUUCAGAUCUAGGCUGGAACAAUAACCUCAUUCAUUACAUCACAUGAUGAUGAUGUUCUAUGGGGUUUUGCUGGGAGAGUGUGAUUUGUGAACUGACAUAUGGCAUUUCAAGCUUGUUAUGAUGACCUUGGCCUCAGAUCAAUGACUGCUAUUGUAAUAUCUCUAAAAACUCUUUAACUAGCAUUUUGACAUGAUUAUGCAUACUAUAUCUCAGCACAAAAUGUACUCUUCCCCAGUAUUGUAUCUCAUUCCACUGCAGUCCUUUUUCCAUUUGUUAUUUAUGGAGACUUUGGCAAGAACUGUCGUAUAUCACAUUUUAGAACAUGCGGUUUCUCCCCUAGACCUAUGUCUGACUUUACAUUUCUUAUUGAUUCUGGCAGUACGGCGAGGUUCUGAAUUUGCUAAUCUCUAGCAAGAAGACUGGGAGUGCAGUUGUGGAAUUUGCCACGGUGAAAGCUGCUGUAAGUUUUUCGACUUUGGAAUUUCUCAGUGCACCUUUAUGGUGGUAUAUAUUGACCUUUAUGGAAGAAGGUAUCAUUAGAAGUCUUUCUGUGACUCUUCUUCAUCAACUGGGCUUCACCCACCCAACCCUUACGACUGGCACAGAAAGCAGGGCCAGUUUCCCAUCUUUCAGCAACAGGUGGGUGUUUAUAGAGGGGUGGGAGGCUCUGAGAAACUUCACCAAAACAAAGGGAAAGCAUUUAUUGCAGUUUAGGCAACCAUACUUAAAUAUUUCUAUAUAGAUAAGUAAUUAAUGUGAAAAGAGUUUCUCGUUACUUUAAACACCCACUCUGAGUAACAAAACUAGCUCCUGAGUAUCAAAACUAUCAUGGUAAAACCUUCUCCCAUCAGUAUGCAAAUACCACUAUCAAGAUAGUUACCAGUAAACCCUAAAACGCUACAUCUGAUUUUGUUAUUGUUACUAGGAUGCUUCUCUCCAUAUUAUGAUGAGCCUUAGAUGCAGAAGAAAACCUUAAUGAAGUUAGGAAGGAAUUUUCCUCCCAUUAGAUUAUCUGACUAUUUUACUUUUCAUCCUUCCAUACAAUACAUUUAGUGUGGUUUGCUUUAAGCAAGCUGGAUUUGUUUUACUUUUCCCACAAGCUCUCCCCUAUCACAUAGUGCAUCCUUGUGGCGCUGGCAUGCUCUCUCACAUUAAUGUGCACACAUAAACCUACUGAUGGAAAUGGGAUGGGCUAAUCAGGGACUGGGAGGGGCUGAUAUAUAAGCUUGGAGGGGUUUUCAGCUCCAACUAGCACAACCUUCCCAACCUGAUGCCCUUGAGAUGUUUUGGACUCCAACUUGCAUCAGCCCAGCAUAAUCAGUGGUUGGGGAUAAUGGGGAUUAUAGUCCAAAACACCUGGAGGGCACCAGGUUGGAGAAUGCUGAUCUAGCAUGAUCAUUUAAUCAAUUGACCUGUGGCUAUUCUGUUAUUCUGGGCUUAGUAUGGGAAGCAUGAAAUGAAGAGGCUGUUUUUAUUCAUUAGGAGAUGGCAGUGAAGAAUGAAGUUGGCCUGAUAAGCAAUCCUCUAAAAAUCUCCUGGCUAGAGGGCCAACCACAGAGCAAUCCUGUGUUUGCUGAUGGCACCAGCCUGCCACAGAUAUCCAAGGUAGGACCAAUACAAGCUGCUACUUUUGUAUUUGGUGGUUCUUAAAAUCUGUUUGAACUCUGCAUACACCUGGUAUGGGCACUAGCAAAAAUAUUCCGUUCAUCUUUGUACUUUUGCCUUGGGAAGCAUUCACUGAGCAACUGUAAGCCAUUUAAAGUUUUUCAUUUAUGAACUUGUUCUAAUGAAAGCAGGUAUAAAUCUGGCUUGAUGUUGAGCUUGUAUAGAUAUGAUCUGCUGCGGCACUAAUUGGGCUGUUGCUAAAUGGAGUAAUAGAGAGGAUCCCAUGGGAUGUUUGCUGUGUUUAGGGUUGGGCUGAAGAAGUACAUGCACAGCUGAUGAAAGAUGAGCCUUGGGAAGUGAUCUCUUCUGAGAAACUAGAUUGGGGCAGAUAAUUCUCCCACAAAAAGAAAGGCUUGUUUUACUGAUGAAACUCAUGGUUUUAGAGCAGUGGUGGGAAACCUCCAGCCCAGCAUCAGCUGAUGGUCAGGUCUUGCAAAGCCCUGUGCACAGCACUUUGCAAGACCAGGAAGUAAGCAGAUCAUCACCACUUUGUGCACUGUGUCUUUGCCAGCCCCUGUCAAUUUUGUGGGGAGGGGAUGUGGGGACAGAUCCAGUUCCCCACCCCUGCUUUAGAGUAUACGUUCUCUUCUGUUUGUUGAGAAAGUCCCAUCAUUGGAAAGAGGCCUACAAACGUGAUGCACUGUCUGCAAAUCUGCUAGAUAAAAUAAACCUCUGUGAUCUCUUUGAAAGCAGAUCUAAGCUAUAGGUUCCUCACAUCCCCAAAUGUGGAUUUGCUUUAUUGCACCAUUUCAAUAUUACAUUUAUAAAGACUGUUCUAAUGUUUCUAGAACUUCCCCUACUCUGUUGAAGGCAGGGGAAUUGGUGCUGUAGCUUCCAUUAUAUAUUUGAAGCUUCAUUUGUUUUUACUUUUUCAUUUAUAGCUUGCCGUGUCUUGAAUCAGAGCACCUAUUGUUAGUCAUAAAUGAAAUAAGAGUCUUCAUGUGUUAAGGACAAAACAGACUAGAUAAAUGGGUGAUGGAGGGAAUUGGGAACAUGUAAAUACCACUUUAUUAUCUUGAUUUGGACUGUAUCUAUUAUAGAUAUGUGAGAUGGGAAUGCCCAGCUAUUCAUUCUGCAUAUGCAGAUAUUCUUUAAAAGCAAAAGCAAAGACAACUCUGGGCCCUCCUUUUCUCUGUGCACGUGGCUUGAAUAGCUUUUUCAAUAGUGUGUGGGUGGAAAAGUAGCAGCUGUCUACUUAAUGAGCAGGUAUUCUGGUAGUUUCUCAGGUGAGGCUGUUAUUUGUGUCUUCCUUUGUUUUGCUAGCCGGUUACUUUGUGUUUAAUUCCAAGUAGUAGUUCCUGAGAAACUGCCUCUCAGCCUCCCUGAGGUUUUGCUUGAGCCUGGAUGGCUCCAUCUAGGGAGCACUUUCAGCUCUUUUCAAAGAGUGACUUUCCUGCCCGACUCCACAGGGCUGUGUGUUUAUGGCCACAAAUAGUCUUGCCUGGAGUGCAGUGGGGAACAAAUGCUGUGACUGGUUGUGCUGAACUAGGUGGAAUCCAGCAGUACUUUCAGGUUGUUUGGGGCCAAGAGAUGUUUUUCUCCCUUGCGCAAUAUAGGCGAAGCUACUGGGCAUGAUAGCUAUGCCCUGCCUCCCCAGCCAGAGGCAGUAAUGCUUCUCAAUACCAGGAAACCACAGGAGGGGAGAGUGCUAUUGUGGUUGGGUCCUGCUUGUGGGUUGGUCAUUGUGAAAACAGGAUGCUGGACUAGAUUGGUCACCAGCCUGAUCCAUCAGACUCUUACAUUCUUAUCACAAACAAUGCCUAUAAAAGUUGUUUUCUCAGGACUGAAGAGCAACAGUUGUCUCCAAACAGAAGCUCUUGUUGGUUUUCAAGUUAGCUUAUUGCUUCUUAAGAAGCCUCUGGCUUAUGACGUGAGUUUAUCUUGGCUUGUUUCCGUUCCUUAUGUUUCUUACUGGGAGCCCAUGUAUUCUGCCUGCUGCACAGGAUUAAUGUGUAUGAACCCAAGCUGGGAGCUGUGACUGAGUUCAUAGCUCUGUGGAAAUGAUAGAUGCUCUGAUACAGAGGCCUUCCAGCUACUUGCUGGAGUGCAGACAUUGGGAUUGUGCUAUUCUGAACUCUUUCUUAGAUGAUACCUUAGCAAGUUUUCUUUUUGGACACAUCUCAGUGGGAUGUAAUUGCAAUUCAUGGUAAUUCCUGGAUUCAGCACUGGUUUUUCAGUGGGUUUCCAGAUAGAAGGGAUAUAACUGGUAUGUCUUUCAGGUUGGAGAUAAAAUCCAGUGUUCCCCCCCACCCAAAGUAAUAGUUUCCACCUAAGUUAACUGGCCUGCCAGUUUUUAUGAAUCACUUUUCAUAAGAACUGGUAUGGUUACCUAAAAUAGCAGGAUUUCGAUCCCAAUGUUUUUUGGUUUUUUUUAAUUGCAGUAGGGGGAUACUGAUUUUUUACUUGAAAAGAUAGUAAACUUCUGUACUGUAACCUAAAUUCAGUACAGAAAAAGCUGAAUCCUGCAACCUGUGUAAAUUACCUAAAGUAAACAUCCAUACAUUACAACACAAAAUAUGGUAAUAUUCCUAAUCAGAAGAUUUUAAAAUUGCUUUUAGAAUUUUUACAAUUACUCAAAAAUAUUAAACCUGUUAAAAGAUUACUUAUAUUUUGCACCCUUAGCCUUUGACAAGUGAAGUUCCAGUAAACUUCACUUUGAUAUGCAAACUUUUUCCUGUUGCUUGUGCCAUGCCUGCAGUGAUCACCUUCCUUCCUCUUUUUGUAUAAUUACUCCUGAGGUGACAUCACUGAUUCCUUACAUCCUUUCUACAGAAACUUCCCACAACUUAUUUUGUUUGGCAGUACUUGAAUAUGAAUGCUUGUAACUUGCUCUAUUCAUUCUCUUCCCAAUUUUAAGCAACAUCUUUUGUAUUAAUGCCUCUUUAUAUUUUGGGAUCCUCUUCCAAUUCUGUCGGUAUUUACAUACUAAAAAAAAAGUUAUUGAAUUUUAAUGACUAAUUUAAAUCAGUUCUUAUCUCUUGACUUCUGUCUGCCCUGAGGCUCUUUUUACUAUCCUGUUCAUGUUUACUAGCCUUCCAAUAAAUACUUAACUUAGGUGCCCUCCUCCUGAAAUAUUGUAAAAUCCAUUAAGCAUGUAGACUGUAUACCCACACAGUGCUUGUUUUGUCUGUGCUGUCAUCAUGCUUCUAAAAGGAAAACUCUUGCGGCAUUAACCUGUUUGUUGGCUUGCUCCUUGAGUUAUGUGAUGUUGCAUACUUAAUGUAUUUUUUUGUUAGAAAAAUUAUCUGUUAUCUGCAAAGAUGAUUCAAAAGCAGAUACUUUUUUGCAGCAGAGACACUAGCUUGGCACUUGCACCAGGACAAAUCUGCUAUUUAUUUAUUUCAUAACAUUUCUACACUGCAUGAUUGUAAAAAUAAAUAAAAUAAAUAAAUCUCAAAGCUGUUUACAAAAAGAUAAAACAACAUAAUCAAGAAAAAUUCACAGCCAUACUUUAAAACAUACAAAAGUUAAAAUACUAAAACAUUAAAAUUACCUCAACUUUUUAAGCAUCUGAGUAAGCAUCACUUUUUGUGCUGGAGUGGGAAUUGUCGGGCAUGCUAGCUGAAAAGUUAUGCCAAUGUACAUUGCUGUAGAGCAGGGGUGGGAACUAGAUCCAUUGAGCAGGCCAGAUCCUGGGUUCUGCUCACCCUGGUAGGCCACUUUGACAGGUGGGCAGGGCCCUACCCACCUGUCAAUCUGACAUCGAGUGACAUGUUCCCUGCUAGAAAAGGAAAAACAAGCUUGAAGUCACCCCCUGUCAGUGAAUAGACUUGCUCUCGCUGCCAGUCAGCUGAUUGGAUUAGUGACAGCACACAACUGGGAGUGCACUUUCAGACUCCUAGUUGUGCAGUAGCAGCCACAUCUCCACCUGCCCCACACUUGAUGUCACCUAUGGCAGCAGGUUGGCGUGGUUUGGGAAAAACUGUUUCACAGGCCAAACUGGGACUUGUGUUGGCCCUAAGGAGGACUGUGGGCUAGAGUUUCCCCACCCCUGCUUAGAGUAUAGUGUGUCGUGCGUUUCUCACAAGGCCAUGCUGUUAACCUGAGGAAAUCACUCUAAGCUCACUUCUGACUCGUGACUUGUUUAUAAUGUGAAGCCAGAAGCCGAGACAAGGGUAAGAGUCCCUGGUUACUUAGGAACUCUUGGCAUGCUGCAGCUUUAUCUUGAUGGCACAGUCAUUAUGGCAAGUAUGCAAAAACGGGUGGAGUUCAUAAUUCAAUUCAAGUGUUAGUUUUACAGAGGGCAAAACUACAUGUGAUGUUAGUCAUGCAUUGCAAACAAAUAUGCACAGCCUGACUGUUUUAUAUUGAAGCAGCAGCAGCCACAGGGUUCCAAUCUGCAGUACAGAUAGUAAAUUGCACCUUUGGAGGUAAAUAGCAGCCAGUGAUGCGGCAGUUUUCCACAGGAAAGCUAUAUGAAGUGGUUGUUUUCUCUCUGAAAUAAAAGCUGUGAGGUUUUGUAUUCUUGUUUAAACAUGGAAUUGUUGUUGUUGGUUUGUAUACCACCCUUCAUCCAUAGAUCUCAGGAUGGUUCACAACAUAAAUUUACAAUAUAAAAAAGACAAAAUACAUAAUAAAAAUAAGAACACAAAAAAAUAACACUUGCUUUUUGGUCCUGAGACUGACUUGCAAUAGCAAGCAAGGGAGUAUGACUGUGAAUCCAUCUACACAUUGUAAGUGUUUAUUCAGGGCAGUAACUCAAUAAAUUAUUUUGACAUGGCCCUGGAGCCACAUGAUUUCAUAAACAAGCCUUGGGACAUGAUAUUUCUUACAAGGGGGUCUUAGGUGGUUUGGAUAUGCUUAGUUGAGCAGUAGCUGUUUGGUUUUCCUUUCAGUGGCCCCUUUUCUGCUCUUUCUAGAGUUUGAUGUAACAGGGUUUUCCCCGGUCACACUGUUACAUGAGUGCUUGCCAAUGGAAAUUAAAGGAGACACAAAUGAAGUACAUGAAAUACUUUUAAUAAGGUCUAAAAUAUAUAUUCUCUUUCACAUUUUACAAUGGAUUAUUCAUAGCUUAUUGUGGAAGCAAUAGUUAUACACUUCCUUUCCCCUGUGACAAAUAGAAAGAAAAAUAAUUGCUUUCCAAUAAUGGUCUGGCUUUCUAAUAGCUUAAAUAUACCCAUUAAUGAGGAAAAUAUGCACCAGCAUAAAGGAAGAUGAACUUCAGUCAUGUAUAGUUCAAGGCUCUUGUAUAUCCAUGAGUUCCUUAUAGUUCCUUCAUGUUACAACCACCCACCCUUUUCCAGACACACAUUAGUUGUAGAAUCUCUGAUACGGUCCAAAUGUAGGAAGCAUCUUGUCAUAAUGAAGUACUCUGAGUAGAAGUUCUUGGGAAUGUGUGAUGAAUGGAAAUACAGUAAUGCUAGUAAAUUCCAAGUAGAUACUGUGUUCAACUGCUAGCUGGUCUGCUGUUCUCAGUUCAUUGAGAAAAACAAAAAGCAGCCUCGGUUGCGUACAGGCAAUGAAGAUGAGCCAGUGGUUCGAUGUAAUUAAUUCCUCUGCUUUUAUUUGCAAGUCUAGCUAAUCUGACAGUAAAUUCUGGUUUCUGAGUGUCUGCAAAACAUCAUCAAGGAGUGAGGGCCCCAAAUCCAAUGUGAAAGAAAAAAAGGGGUCUAAUGGAUCACGAAUAGGAUUUCUGUAGCAGGAGGUGGUUUCAGAGAGCCACCAGUUUGUGGCUUGGUUCCUAUAAAAUAGGUCUGGCUGUGUUUGAGUGGCCUUGUGGAAAUGACGUGAAGUGCUUGGGAAAGAAAUGUCUGUAGAGGGAGAAUCAGUGUGGUUUAUUAUAUUGGGGCAGCUGGCACUGUCCAGAUAUAGCCGAGGUGGUUUGGGAGGUGGCAGUGGCUUGCUGAGUAGGUUUUGCUCGCUCUGACACGAUAAAUAGUCCGACUUUCUCGUCAAGUCUCUUGGGAGCUCCCUUUUGUUGUACUGUUGUCCACUGGUGUCUAUUGUUUGGCUGUUAUGAUUCCAGAUCGUGACUUGAUUGCCCAGCUUUUUAUGCCUCCUGAAUGAGAGGCGCUUGAAGAAACCAGAGGAUCUGAUGGAUCCUCUCCGCCAAGUGUCCAUGGUGAGGGAAGCAAUAAAAAAGGCUGGUGGCUCCCAACUGUGUGAUGAAGGAGGCCAGAGGCCUCCGUGUUGAGCUUAAUUGAGGCUUUCUGAGUCAGUGGGGAGCUUCUUUCUUCUAAUUUCUGGAAGAAAAAAGAAAACCUAACAAGCUGGCUUCCCAGAGAAGGCAAUACUUGACUGUUAAACCUCACUUCCACUAAAGAAACCAUUGGGAAAGAGUUCUACCAACAUGACUUUCAUGACCGUAUUAGAACUGUAGAACUGUCCAAGUUAUCAGUAUUUCAAAGAAAAUGUUAAGUAGACAUAUAAAAAGCACUUCAAGUAUUGUGAACUUGAAAGCCAAUCAUAACUCUUAGUGUGUAAAUAGUUGUGUUUUAAAGCAUUUGUAGUUGAGGCUCUGUCAUCCCAGCUGGCUGAGAUGCAGCAGAUGAGUUAUUGCAGUGUACAGGAUGGGGCUUGACCCUUCUUAUUCCUCUGCUGCUUGACUCUGCCAUGUUUCUGCAGUAGCCUUUAUUCAGUACAGUGGCAACCAGUAUAGUACUAUUUGAGAGUUACUGACCUAUCUCCAUCAGCAUCAGCCUUCUUCCCUGCCUCCCUGCUUCAAAUCAUCUUCUUAUCCAGUGGUCCCUUAGAACACCUCUCUGGUAUUCUUUAUUCCUAUGUCUCCUUAUCUGUCACCCCCAUUAACACAAUUUUCCACAGCUUUUUGUACAAAUCCACAUCUCACUCCUUUUUUUUUCUUCCUUCUACCUGCGAUGGUCUUCCCAUUUUCCAUUUAUCAGGCCACUUUCCUUUCUUUCUCUAGAGAUCUCUUUAAGACCAAAUUAUUUCCAAAAGAGUCUUUUCUGACCUACCCUGCCUUUGUUUCACUUGAUCUGCUACUUUCCCUACCUCAUUUCCUUCCUCAGUUGUUAGGCAAAAUGAGGUACGAUCUAAUGCAGAUUGAAAGCAGUAAUGUGUCAGGACGUACUAACUUCAUCUGCCACCUCAAGGUCACCAAACUCCACUUGCCCAUUUUAGCCCACUUUAAAUCCUUACCACACAAAGGAAUUAUGGGGCUGCCAAAUAAAGGGCUGUAUAUACAUAUCAUCAUCUCAACAAAUUUACCCAGAUUCUAGAGCACAAAGCAGCAUCCAUAUGGUGGAAUUGUUGAAUGUUACAUGACAGAAAAGUCAUUAUCAGUCUCUCAUUACUGGAUUGGCAGAGCUGAGAAUUAGCAAAACUAUAUUCAUGAAGGAUUUCUAGAGCUUAAGUAGUUGCAGAGCUUAACAUUGAAGAAAAUGAAAUAUAGAGUCGCUACUUACUGUGAGACAGAGGGGAAUUUUGAAGGAAGUCCUUCCAGCCCAGGGCACAGCAUACCUGUGUCCAUGUUUAAAAGUCCACUGUAUCUUCUCAGCUCUACCUUUAGAACACCAUUCCUUCGGUGUUACUCCUUGCCCUUCUCACUCAGCCACUCAUGUGUUUUGCUGGUGGCAAUUCCUUUGUGCGUGUUCUGUGCCAAGCCCUUGCUGACUCAGUUACAUCAGAAACUGGGAUUUACACUAUUAGUUAAUUGCAGAGAUUGCAGGAAGUAGGUGUGUAGACCUGUGAAGUGUCAGCCCACACAUACAAAGCUUCAAGAGAAUACAGGGCUUCUAUGGAAUACUACUUGAACAACUUUUCAGUGUAGCUGCUGGAGGAGGGGGAGGACAAGGAAAUACAAUAAGACCCAGUUCAGAAUUGCAAGUUCAAGGGACCUGUGCAUUUCUACCUAGGGUUGGAGAUGGGAUCUCUCCCCGCCCCCAAAUGGCACCUUCAUGGUCAGAGGCAGUAAGAUUCUGACUAUCAGGUGUGGUGAAGAGACAGAAGCAAAUAAUCACGCUAUGCUUGCAGCUGUCCAGGGACACCUGACUGGUGGUCACUCCUGGAGACAGGAUGCUGAACCAGGAGGACCUUGGUCUGAUCCAGUCCAGCAGAUUUUUAAGCAGAGGUUGGAUGGUCAUCUACCAUGGAUGCUUUAGUGAUUCCUGCAUUGCAGGGGGUUGGACUAGAUGUCCCUCGGGGUCCCUUCCAAGUCUACAGUUCUACGAUUCUAUUAUUCUUUAUAUUGUAUUCUUACACCAUUAUAUGUUACAUAAGCAAUUAAGUCACAAAUAUAAGGUGCCAACUGCCUUCAAAUUUUUAAAAAGGCCUGACUAAUCAGGAAUGUACAAAAAUUGCUGUUUUUACUCUGGUUUAUGAACUGGAUAGCUCCAAGCUGAAAGUGAAAAGCGGUUGGUUAGUAUUAAAGAGCCAUACCACCUAUAAGUCCUCUUGAGACUCAACAACACUAAAUCUUUACGUAUAGAAUCUGUUUAAUAAAGUGCUGAGAAAUAAAAUGACACACAAUUUCCAGGAUAAUGGUUCCACUGGUUUUACAGGAUAUUAGGCCAGGGGAAUCCCCUCAAUGUAAGAUGUUUCGUUUUCAACAAUUUUAGAUUUGGGGAUUUGUAUUGUUCUCUUCUUGGAAUCUGAGGAAGAAAUCACUAGUUAAGAUUCUGGAACCCUCCUCAAAAGAGUAUUUGCAGUGCUUUGCCUAUUCUUAAUUAAAGUGAUAAUAUGUUCCUGUAAAAUUAAGGCAGUAGACAGUAUUUUGAUCCUAGAACAUUUAUGAUGCUGCUUUAGUACUUCCUGUUAUAUUGUAGCAAAAGGAAAUUUAUUUAUCAUUUAUUACAUUUCUGUUUCACUUUUUCAGUAAGGAGCUAGCUUGGGUCUGUGUCCCCUUGCACACCCAUUUUACCUUUACAACCACCCUGUGAGCUAGGCUACAAUUACCUGUAGUAAUGAGAACUGCCACAACUGUAAUAGUUGAGAGUGGAGGAGCUUACUUUUUCUGGCAUGACAUUUUGCUUGGAGUGGCUACAUUAGAGUUGUCCCCACUUUGGGCAAUCUUUAGCGCCAAUAAACAUUAGCUAGUAAUGUCUGUAAGGUACUCUGCACCAGAAGACCUCUUUUCUUGUGCCAUUGUGGUGGUGUUUAUUUUAGGACUUCUGAAAGAACUAGCAGGGAUCCCACCUUACUUUUCCUACCAUCCCUUUUUCUUUAGGGUUCAGUUGUCUCGGAGCGGGAUUACGAAAGCCUCGUGAUGAUGCGGAUGCGCCAAGCCGCUGAGAGACAGAAGCUGAUUGAGCAGAUGAAACAGGAAGAUGAGGAAGAACCUUCCACAUAGUACAAGGAGAAAAAUAGCAUUAUCUUGUGUGUUUGCUUAUACUUAAAUUAAGUCAAUAAAUAUCCUUUUUAAAAACAGCCGUGGU